ACAUGGCGUCGCGUCGGUGAUACAUUUUCCGCAUCGGCCGGUGGCGGGUGGGGCGUCGCUUUUGUGUAGGUUUCAGCCGGCUAGACAAGGACGAGACGAUGCGGCGCAUAUCCUCUCUCGCGAGCGACGCCCGCGGGGCGCGGAUGAUGACUACCGCUACUCGUGACUGUCAAUAACGGUAAUUCGGGGACUUAUUAUCGGGCAUCAUGUGGCUUGAUUUUACACCUCAUAUUGAUUUAGGAAUGGGUUAUAUAUUGCUGAUGUAAUUUCAUUUUUACGCGAGCUUUCGGGAUGUAACGUUUUGAAAAGUUAUAGUUGAGUUUGCGCAUGUAUACUUAUUUUUACUGCUUCGAGAUCAGUAGUUACGUCAACGAACGAUUCGCAGCUGUUUUUCUAAUCUUUUCUAAUCAUCGAACUAUCUAACAAUGUAUUCGUAAUUCCCUAAAGACGUACCCAUUUAUUUCACGGAAACAAGCAAAAAUCCCCUGCAAAAUAAGCAAAAUUUAAAAAUCGGAGUCAAACGGUGACGGUCAAAGCAACGGUCCGUAAUUGACCGGUUAAUUUAUAUCCAGUGCCGGCCGCAACGCAACAUCAACGCGCACAAUACCUCCAACGAGGCAAGGAAAGGAUAGAAAGAGACGAGGCUAUAUAGGAACAGCAACCACUACGAGUACGUACAGACUAUACUCUACCAAGUCCGAGUACUACCACUACUGGUACACGGUGAAAAGGGGAGGCUCCUUCCCGUUUCCGGCUCCGGCUGUCAGAUAAUAUCUCUCUCUCUCUCUCUCUCUCGCUCUCGCGGCUGUCUGUUUUGUUUCGCGAGUAGUGCGAGCAUCGGCAGUGUCGUCCUGCAGCCAGGCUGCUGUGCAGCUCUCUCUUAUCAGUGCGUGCGUCUGUGUGUGUAUAUGCGUUGAUCGGUGUAUGUGCGCGGAAAAGCCGUAUCUCGCAAAACGUGCCAGUGUUUUGCUGCUGCGGAUGCUUCGCCUGCAGUCGCGAGAUUACAUGAUUCACUAGUACAAAAGCUAACGAGGAAACAAAAGUAGCAAAAGGCAGCAUCAUGGCGUGGAGAUUCAAGGCAUCAAAGUACAAAAAUGCUACGCCUAUUGUGCCAAAGCCUGAAGCGUGCAUCCGUGACAUCUGCGUUGGAUCCUAUCAAACUUACGGCAACAACAUUGCAGCGUCAGCUGCAUUUAUGGCAUUCAAUGUCGACCAUAAUGGUUCUAGUCUGGCUGUUUUACCUUUAGAAGACUGUGGUAGAAAGAGUAAAACAAUGCCCCUGCUUCAUGCUCAUGCUGAUACUGUGACAGAUAUGGAUUUUUCACCUUUUCAUGAUGGACUUCUUGCCACUGGAUCACAGGAUUGCUUGGUAAAACUGUGGCAUAUCCCAGAGGCUGGACUAGAAGAACCACUUUGUAAUCCAGAAUGUACCUUUUCUCAUCGACAAAGGAGGGUUGAAGUUGUACGCUGGCAUCCUUGCGCUGAACAUCUAUUGACAACUGUCUCAUAUACCAACUUAUCUCUAUGGGAUGUUCUUUCUCAAAAGGAAUUAUUCUCCCACAAUGAGCACAAAGAAGUUAUUCAAUCAGUCAGUUGGAAACAAGAUGGUACAUUAUUAGCUACAUCCUGCAAGGACAAACAAGUAAGAAUCAUAGAUCCACGUGCUGCUAAGAACAUUGUUCAGUCUGCCUCCAGUCAUCAAAGUAUCAAGGAUUCAAGAAUCGUUUGGUUGGGAAAUAGUGAUAGGCUUUUAACGACAGGUUUUGAUGCUGCUAGACUUCGCCAAGUGUAUAUCCGAGAUUUAAGAAAUCUUAGUGAUCCAGUCAAAACUUUAGAACUUGACUGCAGCACAGGAAUUUUGAUGCCACUGUUUGAUCCUGACACAAAUAUGCUGUUUCUUGCUGGCAAAGGUGAUACUACCAUUAUGUAUAUGGAGGUCAUGGAUAAGGAUCCAUAUCUAGUUGAAGGAAUCAGACAUAGCGGUGAACAAACGAAAGGUGUAUGUUUGGUGCCAAAACGAGCGCUUAACGUAAUGCAGGCCGAAGUUAACAGAGUACUCCAGCUGACGUCAUCGAUGGUCAUUCCAAUUAUGUAUCAAGUUCCAAGAAAGACAUACAGAGAUUUCCAUGCUGAUAUCUAUCCUGAAACAGCUGGUUGUGUAGCUCAAAAUACCGCAGCAGCAUGGAUUCAAGGACACGAUUUGCCGGUACCAAAAAUAUCACUAGAUCCCGCGAAAAGGAGCAAGGGAGAAGAACCAAUCACGGUACAUAAAGGAAAUUUAGCUACUUUGAAAAAUAACCAACAAGAAGUGAAAUUGGAAGUUCGACAGCAGAAAGCCAUAGCUAUGUCAACGCCGAAGGGAUAUACUAAAGCGCAGUCCUAUAUAAUAUCGGAGAAGGAUGACAUGAUCCCCGAAAAGAACGACAUCAAUGAAGAGAAGGAGGAUUAUAAGAAAGCGGAAAUGGACAAGAUGGAAGACGAGAAGUCAAAGAUGCAAAAUGGAUCUCAGCCUGUACCACCGAAACCUUUGCCGAGGUCAUCUAGGGCUAAUAGUCUCUCAGAGGAAGGAGCUAAAGAAGAACCAAAGCCUGUCGCUCGUCCUAGAACAACGCCCAGUCCCGGUUCAAUCGUUACUCCUGUAAAUCCGAAUGCUAUUGGAGGAUACAAGCCACGUUUGGGACCCAAACCAUUCCAAGCUAAAUCUGCCAGCCAGGAGUUUUCAUUUGAUAAAGUCUUCUCAGUGCCUCAGGCACCCUCGACUGAUAGCAAUGGACACGUGAACAAUGACGGAUACGACGCCAAAGACGCACCCAAUAAUGAUGUCGACAAGUCACCCACCUAUGAAGCGGAGCGCACCAAAGACUCAGAGGCUGCCAAGAGUGAUUCUAGCUCUAUUGAGGAAGAUGCCAACUCCAGCGAUUCCGGUUACAAGCCGAAAACACCCAGCACUGCUGAAAGACGUAGACUUUUUGAGGUAAAGGUAAAGGACGAAUCACCGGAGAACGAAGACUCGGGCAACUUUGAGCGAGGCGGUUCCAAUAGAAAUUCUAUAGCCGAAAGACGACGAUUGUACGAAAACCGAUCUGCGUCGGUGACCGACGGUAAUCUCGCGGAAAAGGCGAUGGGCUCGCCAACGUCGAUGAGACGUCGGGAUUCCUUUAAAACCAAGAGCGAUAUCAUUAAGGAAGACGAGGUAAAGAAAGUUAUCCCUAUGCUGCGCCAGCAAAGCAUGGAUCCACGCCUUGAAAAGCCUGAACCGAUCACCACUCCGACUCCCAAAAGAACUUCAACCGUCUUUGGUAGAGUCUCCAAGUUCAGGCAUCUCAAGGGUACACCUGGACACAAGUCGACACACAUUGAAAAUAUUCGUAACAUAAGCCGUCAAAUAUCUGGGGAAUGUGACGGAUUUCAUGCUAAUUCUGAUCGAGUCGCAGUACCUUUAAGCGGACCCGGUGGUAAAAUAGCUGUAUUAGAGUUAAAGAAAACUGGAAGGCUACCUGACGGUGUUAUGCCGGCUCUUGUACAUGGUGCAACAGUCAUGGACUUUCAAUGGGACCCUUUUAAUAAUCAACGACUUGCAGUCGCUUGUGAUGAUGGCAUGAUACGACUUUGGGAAAUACCUAGUGCAGGUUUAACAGAACCAACAAAUGAGCCAAACUACACCAUCGAGGCUCAUGCUGACAAAAUUUAUCUGAUCAAGUUUCAUCCGCUCGCUGCUGACGUUCUAGCAUCAGCCUCUUAUGAUAUGACUGUAAAGAUUUGGGAUCUUGAGCCGCUUAAAUCUGGCGAAUCCAUCAAGAGUCAAAUCACUCUGAUAGGUCAUACUGAUCAGAUAUUCAGUUUGGCUUGGUCUCCGUGUGGCCAGUACUUGGCCACAGCUUGCAAGGCUGGAAAACUCAGAAUUUACAAGCCAAGAAGCAGCGAUACGCCUAUCAGAGAAGGUAAAGGACCCGUAGGAACUCGAGGUGCUAGAGUUGUUUGGGCUUUAGAUGGACGUUAUUUGGUUGUAAUGGGAUUCGAUAAGGUAUCGGAGAGACAAAUACUUGUAUUUAAAGCUGAUAAUUUGAACGCUCCUUUAAACACUGUUGGAUUGGACGUUUCGCCCGCAAUUUUGAUGCCGUUCUACGACGAAGAUAGCUCAACUCUGUUUCUCACUGGACGAGGUGACUCAACAAUUUAUGCGUUUGAAGUGACAGAAGAAGCACCGUACAUUUGUCCUUUAAGCCAUCAUCGAUGUGCUUCUUUGCAUCAAGGACUAUCGUUUUUACCAAAAAACAAAUGCGAUGUUGCGAGCGUCGAAUUUGCUUCGGCAUUGAGACUAACCAAUAAUACGAUAGAGCCCUUAAGCUUUACAGUGCCCAGAAUCAAAAGUGAACUUUUCCAAGAUGAUUUGUUCCCACCAACAAAGGUUACAUGGAAACCUGCAAUGACUUCUCGAGAAUGGUUCAGUGGAUCUAAUAAACAAGCUCCAAGAAUCAGUCUAAAACCACCUGGAAUGGACAAUCUAACUGAAAGUCAAGGACAAGCAGUAGUUACUGCACCAAUUUCAGCUAAGCAAAACUCAGGAAGUGCACCCGCGUCCCAGCCUUACACUAGACUUUCUGGAUAUCAUCCAGAUGUCAGAGCAAAACAAUUGGAUAUACAAAAAAAUAUGAGCAACCUUGUGGGCGACGUAAUAACAUGUCCACUGGAACAGGACUAUAUGGAGGGUGUUGAUGAGCACGAAUGGGACGAUUAAGCAUUACGUUGACCACACGAUUUUUACAAGGAGACAAUUUUUGUAUGACGAAAGAGAUUUUUUAUGUCCAGAGGGUAUUUGUGCAAAGGUAUGGAAUUGUCCAAAGUUACGUAAAUAUUUGCUCGUUAUACCAUAAGCAUAUUUCCUAUUUAUUGAUUUAAUAUAUAUACACAAUUCAACUGAUCUUUAUUCUUGUAACAUUUUUUGCGCUCCAUUUGUAAGUAUUUUACGAAUACUAAUGAUAAUGCGAAACUGAUCUAUUUGUAUUUGUAUGUUGAGUGAUGAUGAUUCGUUUUCUUUUGUACGAAUUUUAUUAAAGAACGAAAGGAGUGUCAGUUUUUAAUUGUGCUUGAAAAUGAAAAAUAUAUAAGCGGCUAAUGUGGAAUGUCCUACAGUUGAAGGAAGCAAACGUGAUGAUAGUUCUAGUCUGGAAAUACGUUUCUUAGGAUCUUUCUAUUAAUGCCUAAUCUGAUACUAACAACAUAGUAUUAUUAUAUCAUGGGCUAAAAUACGUUUUAGUGAUUAGUUGACAAAAAAUUAAGAAAAAAAGAAAAAGAAACCGAGUGAAUCUUUAUAUUGUUCGGUUGUCAGAGAUAAAUGCGCUAUCGACAAAGUUAAUCAAGUCUUUUUCUAUAUUGAUAAAGAAUUUUAAUUAAGCACCGAAUAUCGCAUGACAGCGAAAGAGAUGAGUAAUAGAAGCUCCAUAUAGGAUUUAUAUCGAAACUUUAGUAGAAAGUUGUAUCGAGCGUGAGAUAUAUUGUAAUAACAAAACAAGUACUAGCAUUACGAGAGAGAUAAAAAACAAGGAUAAUUUGAGAUCCCUUUUCGUUUCAAGUCUAAACGCACAUUUUAGACUAUUAUUAAGCGAAGUAUUAUUGUAAGUAAGUGAUAGAGGUAACGAUUGAGAUGUAUGAUCAAAUUUCGUGUCUGGGAAAGAUAUGCCAUACAAUAUAAGUCAAAAUCACGUAUUAACUUCUUUUGUUUCUUACAAAACAGACAUUUUUCAUAUUGCUAUUAUUUAUAGAGCUGAUAUAGAUAAACUUAUAAAUCGGACCAUAAGUCACAACCUUUUUGGCUUUCAGUCAGUUAUUCUUGUUUGUAAUUAAUAAGGAGAAGACAAUAUAUUUAAUAAAAUGAAAUAUUAAAAAUAACUGUUUAAAGAAACGAAAGAUGGCAAUGCUUGAUCAAAAUCUAUUUUACACUUGCUGUAUUAACACACUUUUGCUACGAUGUAUUUUACUAAAGAUAUUACAAACGUAUAUACCUUUUUACACUCAAAUAUUUGUAAUUUGGUAACAGUCAUAAAGAAGAUAGUUACCGCUUUCACAGUGCCAUUUGCAAUACUAAAGUGCUCCAACUUCAAACUAUCUUGGUAAUAAAUCUCUGGUGUUUCCAAUUGCAUUUUUUAAAUUUUCACUAAGGGAAUAAUUCAAGUGAUUUAGUUGACCACCGUAUUGGUGCCAAAAGACGAUUUUUACGUUAUAAUAAUUGUCCACACAAUCCAUGACUUAAGGGCAGCUCAACCUUAUUAAAACAUUCCACUUUGGAACUAUUUUUAAGUUUUAGGUAGUUUUUACCUAAAGUGAGAUUUAAACAAAUAAAAUACUGCAGCGUCAUUUUCUAAACGAAAUAACAAAAUUUUUUAAUCAGCAUUAUUUUAUAUAUAAAAGAAAUUUAUACUUUUGUAGUGCAAGUGCUUUUACAACCCAAAAAAAAUGUAAAACGCGGUUUUUGAUAAUUAACUGCAGAUGAGAUCGCAUUAAUGAGAUUAUGAUGUAGUUAGGUAUUUGUAACAAUCUUAUAUCUUAUAUGUAAUUCACUUAUAAAAAAUAUUUCUACUCCAUAAA